CCGGAGGGUAAUCUUACGUCUGUCAACGUGGAAUCAACGUUGAAACUCGUGUUCCUUUACCUUCUCUUGCUAGUCGCACACUGUCACUUUUCAUGGAUUUUUACUCCGAACCAGUCUCUCGUUUAUUCGUGCCUUUGUCUACGAUUGACGCAAGCAAUCCGAGAUACGGCUGCCUCCCGACCUCAUAGCAGUGCAAGCGGGCCACCUCGUAUCGACAUUGUUGACAAUUCUAUACGGCCUUUUUCCACCCUUCUUACGUCGAAAAACCAAACUCGACCUCUAUCUUCAGACCCGCGCCGUACCCGGCUUGCCGUUGUACAAGACAUCUGGCACCAUGUCGCAAAAUAAGUGGAAAAUGCAAAACGACAGCAGCAGAUGAAACAAAGGGCAAUGAGGCCAAAGUCGGGUGACCAAUCUGGUAGCAUCUCCCGAAGCUCGUCCAAUGCACAGAAAAAUGACCGACUCCAAGAGCGCCUAGCUCGUGCUAUGGUAAAACAAAACGCACAGGGUGACGGCACCGAUUCUUCCUCCCCCGCCGGUAUUUCUCCAGUUACCAGCCCAGUUCCAAGCAACGGCGCACGAUCAAGUAUGGAUAUCGAGUCCAGCCUCGGCUCGUCUCGAAAGGACAUAACCUCACCUCGAGACUCCAUAUCUGUCACGCCAGCAGUAACGGCCCCGAGGACAAGCCACGACUCUUCUUCUUCGCUUCGCAAUUCAGUGGACGUUGUGGCGUCGAAUCCCACCGAUAAAGACACCUCAGCUUCUGAGCCGACUUCAGUGCCUGACUUGGUGGAAACUGAGUCUUCGCCUGUACCAACAGAACCCACGCCAGUCUCUGCUAAGUCGCUCCUGGAGAGCGGCAGUGCCCCGCCGAAUGAAGAAGAGGGUUCAGGUGGGCUUUCCCAGGCAGAGAAGAGCGUUGAGGAUUCCGCAGUACAAGAAGAAAUACAUGGAUAUAUUGAACGAAUCGAUGCUUUACAGUCAAAACUGAAGUAUCUAGCCCAGGAAGCUGCGGAGUCUGCUCGAAACGCGGCUGCUACAGCCGAGCCUGGAAGUACCGACAAGCAGCUGCGAGAAAAGGAUGAGAGGAUUGCGCUUUUGCUCGAAGAGGGACAGAAGCUGUCUAAAACCGAGAUGGACCAUAGGACUUUAAUCAAGAAGCUCCGACAGCAACUAGCAGAAAACUCCAAACUCCAAACAGAGGCAAAGAAGAAGAAUGACCGGCUAGAGAGGGACUUAGCGAACUCUGAAGCUAAGGCCAAACGAGCAGAAGCAGCAGAGAAGAGAGCGGCUGGAUCGCUUUCCGCCCAGACCAAGACUGCUCGAGACCUGGAAGCCUUAACAACUGAGCGGGAUGCUUUAACCCAAACAGUGGAGGAAAUGAAAAGCCAACUUGCUCGUGCAGUUUCCCGGGCGGACGAUGCGGAGGCAAAGGCAAACUCCGAUGCACUGGAACGGGAGAAGCAGCGCGCCGAUAAGCUCGAGGAGGAACUCUCGAGCGCUAGGAUUGAACGUGAAAUUGCCGAGGAGAAGCUAAGGAGGGAAAUAACCAGCCUCAAGGAGAAUGUUGAGCAGGAGAAAGAAAAGGCUCGAGUAUUAGAAGCCGAGUUGAAGGGGGAGCAAUCUGUGUUAGAGAGCAAGAUGGAGUCUCUGCGAUCAAGAGCUGAGGAGGUGUCCUCUGGUGCUGCUGGGGACGCACAGGUCAAGCUUCUACGUCAAAUUGAGACAUUACAGACGCAAUACGCGGUAGCUAGCGAGAACUGGCACGCUUUGGAAGGCUCUCUACUUUCACGACUGGCGAACGUUGAGAAGGAACGUGAUGAAGUUUCACGACGAGAGGGUGAGGCACGAAGAAAGAUCCGUGAAGUGUGAAGCGGAUUGAGGAGGAACUCGAAAACGCACAGGAAACACAGCGCGACCUUUCGAGCAAGGUAGAGGAACGCUCUCAAGAACUACAAAAGGCCGAACACAGGCUCAAAAAGACGGAGG